AUGUCUUCUCUCGCGCCCGGCGUGGCCUUGAUUAUUGUAUUUUAUGAUCAUCUUCUUACCCUGCACGAAGAGUUUUCCACAAUAUGGAGAACCAAAAAGUCGGCGAACCAUCUACAAAAAGCUACCUUCCUACUCAAUCGAUACUUCGUUGAAGUAGUAGUGGGUUAUACUGUAUAUGUAUUCAAUGGUACCGCUAGUACACUGGAUGAUACCGCAUGCCACAACUACGUUUGGGUUUUCUCUCUUGUUGGAGUCGGUGUUACCUCUAUAACACAGCUCUAUAUGAUCCUUCGUGUAUAUAGCACUUGGGACAAACGAAGGAGUACAACUGUGAUUUUUGUGACCAUGUUUGUUAUCUUCAUCGCCGCAUUGACUCCCAAUGCAAUCCUUGCUCUGAUUGAUGUGCAGUCCGUCGUACACUAUAUUCCCAAAUUAUCUGCAUGCGCUGUUCUUGGAAUACCAAAGUAUUUCUCUGCCGUGAUGGGUGUAAUGCUUCUCUUUGACUUGUGUCUCAUCUCACUAGCAGUUUUCAAUGCACUUGAGUGGCCUUAUAAAACACAUGGUGAUGUUUUGGAUUCCCUACAUAAUGAUGGAGCCAAACUAUUUCUUGUGAUCACUGUGUUACGGCUCACUGCUUUUGUGAUGAGUCUUGUGGGAGAUCCUUCGGAUUGUUAUAGUGUUGUUUGUGUGGUCUGGACCUCAACAUCAGUAAUCAACUCUCGCGUUCAUAUGCGUGUUGAAGGCCUGAAGAAUCUGGGUAAUGCAUUUGGAGAAGAGUCCUUUUCCUUCUCAUUGGGUUACGCUCAGGAGUUUGAGGCAGGUGCCUCAAGUAAACAACUUUUGCUUAGUAUCUUUCACUACAGACGUUCUCUACUUGCAGUCGUGGUCCGCAUGUCCAGGUAUGGCGGUGACAGAGAGGCUCAUUCUUUAUCCCAGCCAAUUGUGACCUUCUAUGACCGUCCCGGGCUGUUCAUGCCCACAGUUGAACAGCGCUCUCUCAUUCAAGAGCUUCGCGCAGUGGCUGCAGCUUCGUUCAGUAUGGAUACGUCUCAGUUGCCGAACUAUCAAUGCCUCGCCAUUGACGACCCUUCUGCUUUGUCCGACAAGCUCAUCGCAGUUGGUCGUGCUCCAUCUACUGGAUACAUCAUCGGGUUUAUCUCCUCUAUCCUCGUAAAAAUUCCAGAUUUUUCGGAAGGGGAAGUGCUCCAUAUUGGACUUGCGUGCCUAAGCCCAAGUUCAAAGUUAGAAACUGUAUCCGGUCUAGCAAAGCAUCUGAUGGCCAGCAUUGUAUACGGCUACCUUCUCAAAAAUCCCUCGACUAACAAGGUCUGGGUUACGAAUCGUUCUUCUAAUCUUUCAACCCUCGGACGCUUCGCUCAAACUGUUGACGAGGUUUUCCCAUCCCCCUCUCAUCCAACUUCACCCCCUACCUCGUUACAUGUAACUAUUGCAAACGAGAUCAUUGGUUCGUCAAGUAGAUCUCUCAAUGUCACGCCGGGUGCAUUAGACCCUCGAACGUUCAUAGUUCGCAAAUCGCUCUUUCAUGCAGGCAAGGAUGAAGACCAGAGGAAUGAUAGAUACCAUUACAGCAAUCCCAAGAUGUGGGAAUUCUACAGAGGGUACUUGGAUGAAAAUGGGAGUAGAGAAGAUGAAAGCGUCAUUCUUCAAGUUGGUCACAUCAGUCCCCGUAUGCUUUCACUGCGGGGAUGA